AUGUCGCCGAGUCCUACCGUCAAGUCCCGACGACGGGAGCCCCGAGACACGGGCUUCCCUGAACCCUUUAACGACGUCCGCAACACCACGCUUCCUCAUCCUGACGCAGACCUGUCUCCAAACGCCUGCAUCAGCCAAGAAGACUUCAGCCCUGAGAUGGCGCUCUCACGAAGCCGACGCUCGUUCCUGAAGAAGAAGCGACACACCAGCAAGCAUGGCCGAAUCUCACCACAGUCCGAAGCCCUCUACAGCGUCCUCUCCCUUGUCAACACCGACGUCACCGAUUCAGAAAGCAUCAAGCUCGUUAGCCCAUCCAUGUCAAGUGUGCGGUACUCCAAGGACGGAACUGAGAGCAUCGUGUCACAGAGAGACGAAGAAACCCCACCGACCUCGCCCGACGUGCCCUCACAUCGUUCCAGGAAGGGGGGACUGCUAAAGAAAUGGCGAAAGAACUGA